GUGACCUUCCUCGCUCUCUGAUUCACAACCACACACACACCUUCUCGCCCACCACCUGUUCGACGAAAUGCCUCUCCGAGCUUUCACUUUCCCAUGGAGACGGUGCUGAUGGAGAAGCUCUCAGAAAGAGAGGAAAUCCUCCUCGGCCAUACCUCUCAGGACCCUUUCGGUGGCUACUUGAACAAGAGAAGCUCCGAGGUGGAUUUCCAGGACGUGUUUGGUGGUCCGCCAAGGAGGGGGCGUGCGGAUUCGUUGAAUUUGUUUCCCGGGAGGGGACGGAGAUGUGGAGUUGGGGAGGAGGUGGGUGGGGGUCGGAGAGCUCGUUCCGGACUUGUGGAGAAGCCGGUGUUUGGAGAGCUUGGGAGUCCGGCGAUGAGGAAACCGGUUGCGGAUGAUUUCUUUGAUGAUAUUUUUCAGGGUAGUGAUUGUUCGAGUCCUAGGGGGAGGAGAGGGAAGUUGGAUUCUUUUGGUUCGCUUCCUUGUUCGAGGAUCGUUAGUCCUACUAUUCAAACUCUGACGCCGAGAACUGAUGCUUUUUUGGGUGGCUCCUCGCUGCCCACGCCGCUCAGCCUUUCUAGGAAGUUGGGGAAAGUGGUAGGUAAUCAAACACCAAGUUAUCCUUCCCAACGAACUCUUCAUAAAAAUGAUGAAGGUGUGCCUUUAGUUGCAUCACAAGCAGUUUCUUCGCAAGAAGAUCAUAGGAAUGAGGCUUUUCCAACUUAUCGCCAAAGCCCUUUGUCUCGCCAUUUUGCUUAUAGUUUUGAGAAAACAUCCAAAGUCCCUGGUUCUGCUGGCUUCAGUGGGGAAACUCAGGCUCGAAAGAAUCAAACUGACCCAGAAGGUCAAAGCAGAAGCAGCCGCUUUCACUUCUCUCUAUACAAAUGGGCAGGAAAAGGAGUGACACUAAUGAUGCCCUCAAAUUUGAAAGAAAGGAGUAAUAAUGGGUAUAGUGGCAGAGUGUUGCCUGAAAUUGUUCUACAAGAAGUUGACGUGCACUUUGAUGAUGAAAUUAAGGCAACUAUUAGUAAGACAUCUGAAAUAAAUGGGGAAGACCAAUAUGGGAAGUUAGCAAAUGAUCUCAUUGUAGAGAGGACUGCAGAUCCGGUUAUUAAAGAAGAUUUGUUUCCCUCUGAACCUGAACAGAAUGUCAUUGGCAGUGGAAUGGUCGAAGAAUCAGAUGGGAAAGUUGAAGCUCUGCAAACGAUGCUUGGCGAUUCCUAUCUCCCAACUGCACCUAAUGACACUGGUCAAGAAAUUCCAUCCACAGGACAUGAAGCAAAGGUCUCUGUAGUAAAUACUCUGCAUGAUCUUUUUGAAAAGAGUGGUGGCAAACAAGAAAAUACAAACUUAAGUAGUCCAUCUGAAGAGAUUAGAGGUCAAAGAGAUGCUUAUGAACAUGCAAAUCUUAACUUGCCAUCUGACAGAGAAAAUAAUGUGAAUUAUAAUGAAGCUCGUCCUAGCAUGGAUGGUAUGCAAGAUGUUCCAAUUUCUGUGGAAGAUGAGUUGCCCGGAAAGAGAGGGAAGGUGAGAGUGAAAGAGUUCAUCAAAAUUUUCAGUCGGGAUGCUGCUCCAACAAGACCCAAAGGGACAAGAUCCAAAGAGACAUCUGGGAUUAAAAAUCAGAAGCCUGUCAGAAAAGAUGUUAGGAAGUGUAAAGUAGAGAAAGAAGAAAGUGAGCAUGCAUCUAAGACAGAUGAGACAAAAGUAAGCAGCAGGAAAGAUGAAGUGUCAACAGAUAAUUUUACCACCAUCAGUCAGAUUUUGCAGCAGACAGAGGAACCUUAUCGAAAAUUUGGAUCUGAUAUUGAUGUUGUUUCUGAUUCUUCUCUAAGGAAAGAUGACAUCUCAGCUCCUGAGUCAGCCGAAGAAGUUUUCUGUGAUUCAGCCAACAUUGCAGUGGAAACUCAUGAUCUUGAAGCAUGUUUGGAUGUAGAUUCUGGAUCAUUUUGGUUUGAUCGGCAUUAUGGCAUUACGGUAGAACAAUUACCCCAGAACCAGAAUGAACUCCCACAAACUGAUGUUCAACAAGAUCAAUUCAAAAUUGCAGAUACUAAAAUACGAGAAUGGUCAAAAGGAAAGGAAGGAAACAUUCGGUCGCUGUUAUCAACCCUACAUUAUGUACUUUGGCAGGAGUGUGGAUGGAAGCCUGUUCCACUUGUUGAUAUAAUUGAAGGAAAUGCGGUCAAAAGAGCUUACCAGAAAGCAUUGUUAUUCUUGCAUCCAGAUAAAUUACAACAGAAAUGUGCCGCUGCGCAUCAGAAGUAUAUUGCAGAGAAGGUCUUUGACAUUUUACAGGAAGCUUGGAAUCAGUUCAAUUCGGUCAGUGUUUUUUGACGAUGAGAUGAACCUGGCAAAUGAGCUUCCAUUACACUUAAAACUAUUGUACCAUAAUACGUCAAACUCGAAAUGUCCUACAAAAAAUUGGUCACUAUUCGGUUGUGAAUAUAUCACGGGACUUGUUCUUCGGUCUGUCGUCAUCUUCUUCUCAUGCUCUCUUGUAUGUGAAAUUCAUUGACUUUAGUGUGUCCAAUCAAGCUUCUCAGUUUAAGCCUCAUUUGUUGAAGAAUUUGAAACUUGCUUAUUUUUGUUUCUGUUCA